AUGUCACCCACAAAGGGGCUUAUUAUAAAAAAAGAGCCUUCCAACAGAGAUCCUUCUCUGGUAUAUGUGCCUCCAGCAAGAAAUCCAGAGAACAAAAAGGUUGGCAAUGGCGAUCCAACCAAGAAAAGCCCAAAGAAGUUUGACCCUAAAAAGAAAAGGUUCAUCAAGGGAAAGGGAAAGUUUGACCCAACAAAGAAGAAUCGUUUCUCAACUAAAAAGCCUAAAAAGUUUGUUGGUGAUAUCACCAAAAAGUUCUUUAGAACAGAGACCGGUGGUGAAGAUCCGUCCAAGUUUAAAAAAUCUAAGCUCUCACCUGCUUAUUUUGAUGCUGUCACCAUUCUUCGAAAGAUGAGCCUCAAAAAGGGCUCAAUCAACAGUUUGAUUAGUACAGUGAAAGACCAAAAGAAUAUCAAGCAAGUCUAUGCUUUGGCGAUCAAUGUGAUUAAAAAUCAACAAGUAAUCAAGCAAAUCGCUGCAAAGUUUCCUCAACCAGAAGGAGCUGAAUUUGACGAACUCUUCAUCGAAGUCCUCAUCACUGAUAUGAUCAUCGGAAAGAAACGUUUCGUCAACUAUCGUCCUUCGCCUGAAACAAAGUUUGUGCUGGAACACGAAGAGGAGAUUAGGGAUUUUUACGAUCAAAUCAAAGACGAAUCCUCAUCUAAAACCAGUAUCGUCGAGCUUCCAGUUCGUUACAUUCGCGUCAAUCUGCUGAAAACCAACAAGGCUGCGCUGAUCAAAAAGCUGGAGGGGGAAAAUUUUACACAGAAGAGAUACAACAAAGCAAAGACUUCCUUUGAGGAGUUCAUGAAGCUGGCACGCGAAAUGGAGGAGACCGAGUUUAUGGCUGACUAUCACUUUGACGACAUGCUACUCUUCAAAAACAGCGCCUCAAAGCAGCUGACAGAGUUGCCCCUCUACAAGGAGUGCCUGUACGCAGUUCAGGACAAGUCCAGCAUGCUCGCCCUAGAGGGCAUGUCCCUUAAGCCGGGCAUGAGGAUCCUCGACGCCUGUGCCGCCCCGGGCAUGAAGUCGAUCGCCAUUGCCUCUCGCCUGAACAACAACUGCACCCUCUACGCGAAUGACCUCGACAAGACGCGCUUCAAGCAGAUUCGCUACUUUCUCCACAAGUUUGGCGCCACCGCGGAGAAGGUGACCAACGCCGACUUUAGUCAGCUGGAGGGCGAGGAGUACUCCGACUUAGACGUCAUUCUCCUCGACCCCUCCUGUUCAGGCAGCGGCAUGGUCCGUCGCUUCGACUACG